AUGGUUUCUGAUGUUUGUGCAAUUAAGUUUGAAUCUAAGCCGGGUUCUGAUGAAAGCGGAGUUGGCUUGCAUAAAACUGACAAGUCUUGUUCAGUCAAUGACCAUCCAGCAAAAAGUACAUCAGAUAGCAUAGAAGUCUCCAAAGGCAAAGCAAAUAAAUUGGGAGAUGCAGUUAGAGAAUCAAUUUCUACUGUAGGAAUAAUUAAACCACUGGAGUGUGGUUCUGUUGCUAUGGAUACAAUGGUUUCAGAGGGUUCUUCUGGGGAUCUCAGAAAUGAAGUGGAAAGGCAAAGAGUGGUAGCACCCCCAUGCUUUGAAGACAGAGAUGUUAAACAUGAAGCUGAUGCAGGUGUUGUAGUUGAAUCGAAAAGUUGUGUGUUAGAGUCAAGCACUACCUCAAAUCUUUCAUUCUCUCGUGUGGCCAAUUCAUGCUCAGGAUUGAGCUUUGGUUCUGAAAAUAAGCAUGUCUCCUUUGGAAAACCUCAUGCUUCGACAUUAUCUACAGACAAUUCUCGGGCUACUACAAAGUCAUUGUUGCUGGACGCUGCUGCUGCUCCAUGUGAAAAAGCAGUUAGCCAGGAUAGAUUGUCCUCUAAUUGUGAUAUUCAAAGAGGUAGAGAUAUGCGGUGUCAUAGUUCUGGCAGUGACCAUCAGUUUCCUCUUCCAUGCAAUCAUCUUGAGACUGUUAGCAUCCUCCAGGGCUACCCCAUGCAGGUGCCUGUCAAGAAGGAAGUGGAUGGGGAUGUGAAUUGCAGCAGUUCAGUGUCUGAGUUUCCUUUUCCCCAAAAGGUCAAACAGACUGAUGAUCAUUUCAAAACAUUAUGGCAUUCUUCUGAUUCAGAAAACACAUCCAGAAAUGGUAAUGUGAAACUGUUUGGAAAGAUUCUAACUAAUUCUUCUUCCAAUUUGAUUACAAAGGGAAGUGAAGAAAAUAGUACGAAUCAUACCAAGUCAAGUAACAAGUCUUGUAAACGUAAAAUUACUAGCCAUCAGAAUUCUGAUGGAAAUUUGAAAAUUUUGAAGUUUGACCAUGCUGAUUAUCCUGGCCUUGAAAAUGUUCCAGUGAAGAGUUAUGGUUUUUGGGAAGGGACUGGAAUAAUACAGACUGGUCUCCCAUCAUUGGCUGAUUCUUCCUUCUUGUUAGCUAAAUAUCCUGCUGCCUUCAGCAAUUAUCCUACAUCAUCUUCCAGUUUGGAGCAACAACCAUUGCAGCCGUUUGGCGCAUCCACUUUUACUGCUAGAGACAUCAAUGGAAGCAAUGCCAUGCUUGACUAUCAGAUGCUUAGAAGUAGGGAUGGUCCAAAAGUGCAGCCAUUUAUACUAGAUGCCAAGCACAGCCAAGAUGUAUUCUCUGAGAUGCAUAGAAGAAACAGUUUUGAAGCAAUAUCUAGUUUGCAGCAGCAUGGAAUAGGAGUGAUGGGAAUGAAUGGCAUUGGGUUCCCGAGGAGAGAAUACUAA